AUGCGUCAUUAUGAUAUUCGGCCCGCAGCACUAGAAUCAGUAUUUCUAUCCAUCAAUUUAAUCUUGGCAGUAACUGUCAUGAUUGCAGUUGGUAUCCUUACAUCGUAUCAUAUUUACUGCAUCACUACCAACACCACCACAAUUGAAGGCUGGGAGAAGGGCAGAUCCCUUACUAUAAAAGGAAUGGGAAAGAUUCAAAAUAUUAAAUGCCCCUACGAUCAAGGGAUCUACAGGAACGUACAGGCCGUGCUAGGCCGAUGGCCUAUCUUUUGGCUGAUACCGGGCCAGAUGUCUGGCACUGGAGUGGACUUCCCAAUCACUACAAAAUACAUUGAUGAAGACGGAGAGUCCAUCAUUUUGAAUGACAAGCAGUUUUCGUCCUCCACUUCGCUCAACAGAUCAGCUUCCAUGAACUCGCAGUGGACAUCGACAACAGAUGCACCCGAUGAUGUCCAUCAUGAACCAAUAAAAGUAGAUAUUACUCCACUCAUGCCAUUGAAAACUAAACCUAGCAUCAAUACGAUUGGGAGUAGAUCCAUGCCAAACACACCAGGCUCCAUCCUAACAUUUGCUUCCACUGCUACAACACUGGUUGAUUACCAUUCUCAUAAGCUAGCAACGAAAUCAAGCAAACCACCCACUGAAGAAUCGUUUGAUUACUCGAUAUCACCACCACACCACCGCUAA